AUGCAUCUUCUCUUUGUGUUAUAUACAUCUUUAAUUAUAACUGCUCAAGCUGAUAAUCCAUUAAAAAAGCUGUUUGGUAAAGAUAAAAAAUCCAAUGUUACUACGACUGAUUCAUCAAUUGUCGUUAAAAUAUUUUCAAAUUUUGCUGAAAUUGUUCGUAAAAUAAGCUCCAGUGAACUACCCGUAGAAUUUUCGGAUGAAGAAUGGAAUGAACUUCGAGCUGAUACGAUUACAUUGUAUGGUCCAUCGAUUGACGUCACUUCACAAACUAUAAGUGAAAAGAAAAAAUCAAUGAAUGGUGAAAAAAUUUAUGUACGCCGCUCAAAUGGUGAUAAAAUUGAUGUUGUGGAAGCUGUAAUGAUCGAUGAAAAGAAAAAUCUUGUUCAAGAUACAUCGAAAAAGCGAUAUUUUACUGUUGGAAGUGAUCAAAUAGAACAUAUUUCAACACCACCUACUAAUAAACAUGUCGUUUCAUUUACAUAUAAACCAAAGCCACUUGUAAGUGAUCAACAAUGGUAUCUAACAUAUUUAAGAUCAAAUCUUAACUGGAAAACGAGAUAUAAUCUCUUGCUAGAUGAACAAAAAUCUCAGCUGAUUUCGCUGGCGGAUAUUCGAAACGAUGGUGAAAAAUCCCUGACUAUUGAAUCAGCUGAACUAUUCGGUGGUGAUAUUAAUAUUCAAGUAAGGCCUUCGAGACACGACCAUUGGGCAUAUGCCAAUCACUAUCCUAGAUUGGGGAGGGUAGAUACAGAUUUGGGAGAUACUCGAGCAAAAAUAUCAUCGGCACCAACUAUCAGCCGUCCCGAGGAGCUCGCAGGACUGUAUGUAUAUAAUAUUGACAAACCAUUUACAAUUGAAUCGAAGACAAACUAUAUUUUACCUAUGGCAAAACCAACGAUUAAAGUUGAUAGGUUUUGUUCAAUUGCAAAAUCAUUUCACGCCACUAAUAAUCGUGGUAAAGCUCAACGAUCGUAUCGUUUACAUAGUGAUCAAUUUUUGACAAAAGGCAAUGCAAUUAUUCGUGAAUCUGAUCAUCUUGUCGGUGAAGCUAAUUGGCCCGAUAUUGCUGCUAAUGAUGACUACGAUUUUUCGAUUGGUGAAGAUCCUGAUGUUACGUAUAAAGAAAAUGUUACUCGUCUUUCAUCUAAAAUAUUGGAUGAAUCUGCAGCUAAACGUCUAUCGGGUAAACAAUAUUAUGUCGGUUUAAUUGUUACACAAUCAUUGUAUGAAAUUAACUUACAAUUGAAAAAUUUUAAAAAGCGACCAAUCAAACUUGAAUAUACUCAGCGUUUUCAUGGAUCGAAACAAUUUACCGUGCAAGAGAAAGGUGCAUUUACACAAGAGGGAAACGAAAUUCAUGGACACUUUACAUUGCCAGCAAACAAAGAAAAAGAUUACAAAUAUAAAGUUGAAGUUACCAAUUAG